AUGCAAUCGUCCAAGCAGCUGAAUGAGCUAGCCGCAACAAUGUUCGAGAAAACAGGGCAGUACGUUCAGAGUGAACUGUCAGCCACACUGGACGAGUAUAGGUUAACUGAGGAGAUGAACAAGGUCACAGUAGCGAAGUACAGCGACAUGGAACAAAUUGCUGGCAGCGUCGCCAAAGCCCUGAAAGACCUUAAUGGCAAGUAUGAGUGCCUUAAACCAUACCUGGACCAGAUUGACCAAGUAGAGGACAGCGUUGCCAAGCUGGAGCAAGUAGCAUACAAGCUGGACGCUUACUCUAAGCGUCUCGAGAUGAAGUUUAAAGCUCUCGAGAAACGUUGA